CGAAGUUGGCUUCCAGCGCGGGCCACACGACAGGGACGAGGCGGUCGACACCGCUCUGGCUUCACCGCACGCCGUUCCUUUUGGCUAAUUCUAGCCUGUGCGACGGCAUGACGGUCUGUCGACUCGCCUCUUCGUCGCUCUCGCCGCCAUGGUCCGCAUCACCACCUGGAACGUCAACGGCAUCCGCAAUCCCUUUGGCUACCAGCCAUGGCGCGAAACACGCUCCUUCAGCGCCAUGUUUGAUAUCCUCGAAGCCGACAUCGUCAUCCUGCAAGAGUUGAAAAUACAACGCAAAGACCUCACAGACGACAUGGUCCUAGUUCCCGGGUGGGACUGCUUCUUCAGCUUGCCCAAGUACAAGAAAGGAUACUCCGGCGUGGCCAUCUACACCCGCCAAUCCGUAUGUGCCCCGAUUCGCGCUGAGGAAGGUCUGCUAGGCGUUCUGUGUCCACCUGGGUCUUCCGUCCCCUACCGCGAGCUCCCCGAACAGUCUUGCAUAGGCGGCUAUCCGAACAUAACGCAGCUGACCGACUUGGGCGUGGAUCCCCUAUCCCUGGAUGCUGAAGGGCGGUGCGUUGUGGUUGAGUUCCCGGCCUUCGUAGUGGUUGGUGUCUACAGCCCGGCCAACAGCAGCGGGACCAGGGAUGACUUCAGUUUUGGGUUUCGCUGCGCCCUCGACAGCCGCAUCCGCAACCUUGCCCGGCUGGGCAAGAAUGUCAUCCUCGCUGGUGAUCUCAACGUUUCGCGAGAGGAAAUCGACAGUGCGAGAGCGGAGGAGUCCAUGCGUGAGGAAGGAGAGACGGUUGAGCAGUACCUGAAUAGACCCACGCGACGUUUAUUUAAUCAGCUAGUGGAGAACGGCAAAGUACCCGGCCAACGCGAUGAAGGCAGGGAGACUCCGAUUCUGUGGGACAUCUGCCGAGAAUUCCAUCCCGCAAGAGAAGGCAUGUAUACCCACUGGGAGCAGAAAAUCAAUGCCCGCCCUGGCAAUUUUGGAUCGAGAAUCGACUAUGUGCUUUGCAGCAUCGAUAUCAAAGACUGGUUCUGUGACGCCAAUAUCCAAGAAGGCUUGAUGGGCUCAGACCACUGCCCUGUAUAUGCGUCCAUUAAAGAGAUAGUGAAGUGGCGUGGAGAGCAGGUGCAUAUACUCGACAUUCUCAAUCCGCCGGGAAUGUUCAAGGAUGGCAAACGACUGCGGGAUUAUGAUACCACCGUUGAUAUCCUAGCCUCAUCUGGCAAGCGCCUUCCUGAAUUCACCAAACGAAGGAGCAUCAAGGAUAUGUUUGCGAGUAAAUCGAACCCCAUGGUGCCCACGAUGGCCACGCCCGCUGUAACAUCACAAGGUAGUGCACAGCUGAGCGAGACACGACGCACAGGAGAAGAGGGCGCUUUGGGAGCUCAGGAAGCCGAGUCGCCAUCGGCGGCAGUUAGCCCUAUUAAGGCUUCUCAGAAACGCCGUUUAGCUUCGGGAUCGCCAGUCAAACCAGUGAAGCGAAGCAAAUCGAACGCAAGAGAGUCUUCUCCAAGUCAACCGCCGAUCAAGGGAGGACAGCAGUCUCUUAGGGGCUUUUUCAUCUCCAAGCCCACACGAGUUAUCAGCGAUUCAGAACAGCCCCCGAUGAACGGGUUCAAUUCCACUGUUCCAGCUGAUGUGCCAACUGCGGAGCCAGCUGAUUUUGCCGAAACUAAAUCUGGCACCGAUUCCAAAGCCACGCAGCAGACUUGGUCCAAGUUAUUCUCGAAGAAGCCGCUUCCGCGCUGCGAGCACGGAGAACCAUGCACGAUUUAUACCGUGAAGAAAGCAGGUCCGAAUUGCGGGAGGCAAUUUUUUCUCUGUUCAAGACCGCUAGGACCCAGUGGUCAGAAAGAAAGGGGAACUGAAUGGCGGUGUCCUACAUACAUCUGGGCCAGUGAUUGGAAGAAUUCAAGCUGAGGUCAAUAUUAGAGGGUGUCGUAGUGAUCAUGAUAGAUCCAAGAUUCGGAAGCGAUAUCAAGUGAGUCCACAAGACCCGAGGCAGCAUCUGGUUGUCGGACUUGCUCCCGUUGAGCGUUCAGUCGAGAGAAUUGCUUCGGCCACAACGGCUCGCACUUUGCGUCAACAUAAUGUCGCGCAUCUGUCGACCGGAGAUACAGACACCUAUCUCAAUCUCGGUUGAGGCUUGUCUACUCUCCUGCUCAGGGUUCGCUUUCGGUGAUCAACUACCAAGUCCUUCAAGGAGCCCCGUUAGGUAGUUCCACAUUACACAAGGCGGUGUGUAGACAUAAUAAAUACAUGCGUAGCACCCAA